AUGUGCUUGCUGCCUGUGCCCCGAGGGCCCCUGCGCCACGCGGCAGUGACUGGGGGCACCCAGUGCCGUGACACGUCUGGUGUCUACCUGGCCCAGCACUGGCUGCGGGCCCCGGGGGAGCUGCAGAGACCCAGCUUCUCCACCACGCCUGGGCUGGCCAACCGGGACCCCAACCGCACCUUCACCAGCGACUUCCUCACACGAAUGUCCUCCAGGCUGGCCCAGCCCCUCGGCCUGGCACUGAGUCCCCGCCUCAGACGUGCCAGGGCCAACCCGGAUGACCCCUGCAAGGUGACAAGGGCCCGAGAACUGAACCAGCUGCCGGGGCCCCAGGCCUCAGGCCGGGCCUUCGGCUUUGUCCUUGACCUGCACAGCAGCACGGCCAACGCGGGCACCUGCCUCAUCGCAGAAGCUGCCCACGAGGGUCUUGCCAUGCACCUGUGCCACCACCAGAGCCCCAAGGUGCCCUGCCCAGCCCUGUACCAGCUGCCGGGGUGGGGGAGUUAUAGCCUGGACCCCUUGGCCAAGAACGGAAUGGUCCUGGAGCUGGGCCCCCAGCCUCAGGGUGUGCUGCGCAGGAUGAGGACCCUGGUGGCCAAAGUCCUGGACUUCAUCGAGCUCUUCACCCAGGCACAUGGAAAGGGGAGCGUGGACCGGCCACGCACGGAGGCGGGGACCGGGCAUCCUCAGCUGCAGACCCUACAGCCCGGUAUAGCCAUCCUCCAGAUGUCCGGUGGUGAGGAUGUGCUCUGUGAGUGGGGGGGGAGGUCUGCCGUGUACCCCAUGGUCAUCAACAAGGCCACCUACUAUGAAAAGGGCAUUGCCUCCAUUCAGGCGGAGAAGCUCAUGUUCUCCGUGCCUGCCCUGCCGCGCUGGCCCUCACCCCCACCCCAGCCCCUGACCCAGGGCGUCCACUCAGGCCAGACUCGACACAGCCCGCAGCUUCUGCACCCACCUGAGCCUGACAGGCCGCGGCUCCUGCCUGACAGCAGGGCCGGGGGGCCCAGAGCGCCAUCCUCGGGAGGCGUCUCCCCCCGGCCCCUCCGCACCCUCGCCUGGCCCAUCCAUCUCCCCGCGGCCACAGCUGCCACGCGGCCUCCUGCUAUUGAGCAGCGAGAUGAGAAGGUGUGA